AUGCCUCCUCCUCAGGUCCCUUACAACUCCUCAGAGGAGAAGGACCUUGUUAUCAUCGGUGGUGGUGUCGCCGGAUACGUUGCCGCUAUCAAAGCAGGUCAAGAGGGCAUGAAGGUUGCCUGCAUUGAAAAGCGUGGCACUCUUGGCGGCACUUGCCUCAACGUCGGAUGUAUUCCCUCGAAAUCGCUCCUUAAUAACUCUCAUUUAUACCACCAGAUUUUGCAUGACACGAAGAACCGUGGAAUAGAAGUCGGCGACGUCAAGCUGAAUCUUGCCAACUUCAUGAAGGCCAAAGACACCGCCGUUAGCGGUCUCACCAAAGGUGUCGAAUUUCUUUUAAAGAAGAAUGGCGUCGACUACAUCAAAGGUGCAGGCUCGUUCGUCAACGAGAAUGACAUUCAUGUCGCUCUUAACGAUGGUGGCGAGACAACUGUCCGAGGAAAGAACAUUCUCAUUGCCACUGGUUCAGAAGCCACCCCCUUCCCCGGUCUUGAAAUUGACGAGAAGCGGGUUAUCACCAGCACUGGCGCCAUUGCUUUGGACAAAAUCCCUGAGACCAUGGUUGUCAUUGGCGGCGGCAUCAUUGGUCUCGAGAUGGCCUCAGUGUGGUCACGUUUAGGCACCAAAGUCACCGUCGUCGAGUUUUUGAGCCAGAUAGGAGGGCCUGGUAUGGACACGGAAAUUGCAAAGUCAACUCAGAAGCUUCUGAAAAAGCAAGGCAUGGACUUCAGGUUGAACACCAAGGUCGUCAGCGGCGACAAAUCUGGUGAAAAGGUCACCUUGGAGGUUGACGCUGCCAAAGGUGGCAAGCCUGAAACUCUCAGUACAGAUGUUGUUUUGGUUGCCAUUGGCCGCCGCCCAUACACACAGGGCUUGGGCCUGGAGAACAUAGGCAUGGAGCUUGAUGAACGAGGUCGCGUAAUCAUCGACUCCGAAUACCGAACGAAGAUUCCGCACAUCCGCUGUGUUGGUGAUGUUACCUUCGGUCCGAUGCUCGCUCAUAAGGCGGAGGAAGAAGCUGUAGCUGUCGUGGAGUAUAUUAAGAAGGGAUAUGGGCAUGUCAACUAUGGCUGCAUCCCCUCCGUCAUGUACACUUAUCCCGAGGUUGCUUGGGUCGGCCAGAGCGAACAAGAGUUGAAAAACCAGAAGAUCCCAUACCGAGUGGGGACUUUCCCAUUCAGCGCCAACUCUCGCGCCAAGACCAAUUUAGACACCGAUGGCCUUGUCAAAAUGCUCGCUGAUCCAGAAACGGACAGACUUCUUGGAGUUCACAUCAUCGGGCCUAAUGCUGGAGAGAUGAUUGCUGAAGGCACAUUGGCCCUGGAGUAUGGUGCAUCAACAGAAGAUAUUGCACGAACUUGCCAUGCCCACCCAACAUUAGCGGAAGCUUUCAAGGAGGCCGCCAUGGCCACUAGCUCAAAGGCUAUUCACUUCUAA